AUGGAUCCAGGCACAGCGAUCGGACUCGCAGGAACCGCAUACAGGCUGGUGGUCGCUGCGAUUGACUUUGUCGACGAUGCGAAACAAGUCCACGGCAAGGGUGGAACAGAUGUCAACAGAGAUCUAGAUGCUGUUGCCAAGGCAAUUCAGAGCGCCUCAACCAGUCUUGAGGCCCAGCUAGCAGCGGCUGUCGGUGGAAAGGACGAUGAGGAAGAGAACCGGACCCAGCUGGACCCUGAAGAUGAAGCGCUUCGAGAUCUUGCUGUUAAGGCUUCAGAGAUCGGCAAAGAACUUGAACUGGAACUUCAAAAGGUUUUAGUCCAGGACAAAUCCAUGUUCAAGACCUUCAGAACCGUCAUCAGAGGAAUGUGGGCGGCCGACGACAUUAAAAAGAUACAAUUUCGCCUCAGUAAAAUCCAAGACCAGUUGAACUCCCGGAUCCUGGUUGAAAUCAAGAGAAAAGUUGAUCAUUCGGAGAAUGAGUAUCAUGAGGAGACGUUCAAGGCAUUGGAAAGAGUCGCCAGGCAUCAAUCUGAGUCUCAUAAGGACAACCAAGUCAUGAUAGGGUCGCUGGCCCGCAUCGAAGAGAUGCAAGCGAACCAGAGCCAAGAGAUGCAAAGAAUCAUGCAAGAGAUGCGUGAGGUAUCAAUACCGUCUAGCCCCAUGCCAUAUGUUCAGGCACAUCCUGUCAUGGACGAUGUUGCUGCCAAGAGGAAAGCAGUGGAGGCCAUACUAAGCUCACUGUGGUACUCAAGUAUGCACGACCGUGAAGAGGGCAUUUCGGAGGCCCACAGGAAAACGAUGGACUGGAUAUUCCAAGACCCUAAAGAAACAUCGAAGCCAUGGGAUAGCUUCAUUGGCUUUCUCCGAGGUGACGAUGAUGUCUACUGGAUUACUGGAAAGCCUGGCAGCGGCAAAAGCACAGUCAUGAAGUAUAUUCAACAAGAUCCCAGGACGAAUGAGAAUCUAGCCGUGUGGGCAUCAGGACGAGAGAUAAUACCCGCUUCGUUUUACUUUUUCUACAACGGUGCUGAUAUGCAGAAGACCGAACUGGGCCUGCUGAUGUCACUCUUGCGUACUGUUCUGCGGCAGCAUCCCGAGCUCAUUCCAUCGGCCUUUGGAGACAAGUUCACAGCUGCGUAUAGAGGAUUUGAUAUCUUGAGUACACCCGUAUCAGUCUACGAAGCUAGGAAAGCUUUGAAGGAUUUGAUACGGGCAAAUGGCGGCACUUGUUUCUUCUUCAGCAUCGAUGGACUAGAUGAGUUCGACCCAGAAAUAUCUUCGUCGGAUGUUUCGAGCCUCCUUGACUUGACAGAUAUUCUCCGGAAGUUCACCAACGUGAAAUUACUGCUGUCUAGUCGCCCUCUAACAGCAUUUGAGCAGAAGUUUUCGAAGGGUCUAAGCCUCCGGAUGCAUGAACUUACGAGAGAAGACAUUCGCCUCUUCGUGCAUGAACGACUCAUGGAGCACCAAAGAAUGCAAUACUUAUUUUCGGAAGAUGAGGGCAACAGCACGCACUUUGUUGAUUCAAUCGUUGAAAACUCGUCUGGGGUUUUCUUGUGGGUUCGGCUAGUUGUUUCUUCGUUGCUUGAAGGCUUGUCAAACUACGACAACCUUGACGAACUUCGAAGCAGGGUCGAAGAACUUCCCACAGACCUCCACGAUUUAUAUCGGGUCAUGUUAUCAAGGGUUGACCCCAAAUACCGCAAACAGAGCGCAAAGCUUUUGCGAUUGACGUUUACCUGCGUUGGGGGUGGGGCAGAACUCAGCGCGUUAGGUCUCUGGUUCGCUAGCCAAGACGCUGAACUUGUCUCCAGAACGCCAUUAUUGCCAAUUGAUGAUGUGCAGCUGAAAAAUCACGUCCAAGAGAUAGAUAGAAGGCUGAAAAACUGCUGCCGCGGUCUCAUUGAACUGACGCCCUUUGAGAGCAACAAUAACCAUAUUUCAAGCCUUACAAAGGAGCCCAGGGGCGACAUAUACGACGCUUCAGACAAACAUUUGAGUCUUAAGGUCGCCUGGAUCCAUCGCUCUGUUUUCGAAUUCCUCAGCAAACCCGACGUGGAGAAUGAAUUCUUCAAUACGUCUACGCUUUCGAGAAUCCAAGCUAGACUGUGCCUUUUGAGGAGUGCUCUCCUCGUCCUGAAGACUUGCAGGCUCAAUCAGAAAACGGAAUGGUCGGUAUUUUUGAAGCUCGCAUAUAAUGUUGGGAUUACAGCGUUCGAAAAAGAGGUUGACGACGGCCAUGCAGAACCACAACUCAUAUUAAUGCUUGACGAGGUCAUGUCACAACAUCUACUCAAAGCCAAAAAAUUGACCAGCGCUUCAGCUUCCGACCUGCCAUGGACCAAAUAUCCCAACGCCCAUUGGUCCUUGGGGUACGACCUAGCAUCGAAAAAUCUUGAUCGCCGAGAAAUAAUUGACCACGACAAAAAUUUCGUGGCUUUUGCGGCAACCUGUGGGUUGACAAAAUUCCUGAAAUUCCAGGCUGAGCAAGAUGUCAAUGCUUUGGAAAAAAGGGGACUGCCUCUCCUUGGAUAUGCUCUGUGCCAUCGUUGGCCCUGGAAUACUGGGCCAGGACCAGGUUACAUGUUUAACGUUACCAAGUAUCUAGUAGAACACGGAGGCAACACCAACGAGAUUUUCAAAGGGGAGCGGUUCGUCAGAUUACUCGAUUCGAAGAUGAUGCGUUUUAGUUAUGUGGGGUUGCAGAAGAUACUCAACGGCGCAGGUUGGAUUCCCCAUCUAGCGAACGUCAAGACAAUGGAGCUGCUCAUACCUUUUGGUGUUGAAGUAAAUGCCCGCCUAGUCUUCGAAGAGGAGAAGAACUCCAACGAUGGUUCGGACAAGCCGUACCUGCUGAGAUCCGAGUUCACUCUGCUCGAAGGCGUGGAUCGUGGCCUGGCCACAUACAGCGAGCCCGGCGUGGCUGAGUCCUUGAAGAAGCUCGGUCACGUCGAUCUGGAACUAUUGUGGACUGUCAGAGAAAUGUUGGUGGAGCGUGGGGCCGUUGCGCAGACGUGGAUCAUAGGAAGAUUCGACAAAGAUGGCAACCGCCUGCCCGAUGCUGAUGGGGAAGAAGAAAAAAGUGCCGCCGAGGCCGGCUCUACUACAGCCCCUGUUUUGAAAGACAGGAACGAAGAGGCAGAUAAUGACAACAAGGAGGCUGGUUCAGAGUCGAUUUCUGUAGCAAACGGUGGGGAGACCGAGCCUCCUAAGACCGUUGUCCAGACCGAAUCCGAAUACCUGCCGCAAAAAGACGGGGCAAUGGCAAAAGAAGCAGGGACAUUUGAAGCAGCUGCCCCGGCUUUACAAGCUGGUGAUGCUCUCCGUGCCAAACCAAGAGCGUCCAGAUUUGGGGAGAAGAUGGGCGCAUUAAGAAGAUCUCUGUUCGGCCAGCGGAAGAACAAGAUGUCGAGUAGAGCCAGAUAA